CCAAGCGUCAGUGACUUCGCAUUCGCCGGUCAGAUCGGAUCUCUACAUAAAACGUACAGUGUUAUUACCUCAACCAAUAUUUUUACACUUACUAUUAUAAUUAUAUACUAUCAAUAAUUAAAAUCUAAAUUUUUAUCUAUGACAAAGUAAAUUUAUAAUCUAAUUUACGAAAUAAUUAAUAGCGACUGUGGAUGAUUUUUAUCGCUGUACUUUUAGGAUUAUAAAGAGGGAGACAAAUUUAAUAACUUGAAAACAGGAAUAAGAGAAAAAAUGAAUAAUUGCAAAAAAAAAGUUAAAAUGAUAAAAAAAUCUUGAUGGUUAUGGUGAAGUGCGAGGAUUAUUCAAAAAUAAGUUUAAAUGUAUUAAAUUAUAAACGCCAGUCGAAGUCGAAUUGCAAAUACAAGAUUUCAUCAUACUGGAGGCGUGAGUCUGCGGCCGGAUCGAUCAAUAGAAUUUUUCAUACUGGGCUGGAUCAUUUGAUGAUAAUAUAGAAUAAUAUUUUACUUCUGCGAAAGUAUCAUGAUUACAUAUUCAUUGGUUUUAGUGAUGAAAUUGAUAAAAAUAGAAGUUGAUGAAGCAUUGACUGGUUCGAUUAUUUACGACUAAGUCAUUUAAAGAUUUUUAUUUGGAAAUGUCAAAUAAAAUCUUUUUUUUUCAAUGAUGCCAAAUUCGAAUAUCCAGACGUUUACGAAGAAUACGUGGGUUUUUUUAAUCCCCUUAAUUCCGAUAAGUAUUAAGAUUGCGAACCGGAUACUCUUCUGAAAAAAGAAGUUGGUGAAAUGUCACAGAAUUUCGAAUUAUAAUCAGAUAUAUAUUUUAACAACUAACGGAAUUCAAACAAAAAAAGUAAUACCUAUAAAUAACAUCAUAUUUGUAAAAAUGGAAAAAGAAUUAUGCAUUAGUUGACAAGUUUUACAUUUGAUCUGGCUUUAGUUGUUUAAAAACCGAGUCCAGCAACUACAGUGACGACAGAGUGAGCAACCAACCGCGUCUGUUCUCCAUUACUCACUAUAGAGUCGAAGUCCGCGCGUGCAUGACCGAUUCGUUAGUUCGGUCCGGUCAGUUCGGUUCUCUUAUCCACUACAAAAGGAUUGCGGAAAAUUACAACCGAGUAAAUGAUAAAGAAAGGGUGGAUAAUUACACUAAUCGUACUUUGUCCUUGCUACAUUCCAUUGCACCUGGCAAUUGAUUGCAAUCAAUGAGAAUUAUAUUGGCUAUUUCUAUUUCUUGUAACAAUACAUCGCUUUUGUUAAAAAAAAGUAACAAAUGAGUACGAUGAUUGUCCAGUGAAAAUUACAAGAAGAAGGAAAAAAAAUAUCAACCGGAUGAUUUAAUUAUUCGAUGAACUGACAUCAACAAUUGGAAUGUGCAAAAGCAUUGCCAAGAAUUUACCAAGAAAGUGACAGUGGAUCUGACUCUUCUUGGAUGGCAUUGAAGAAAAGACGUCAGACUUGCAUCAUUGGACCUGUUGUUAGCUGGUGGCUGAUGUAGUGUUACUGAUUCACUUUCGACGGUUCCCAUAACGGAUCUGAGGGAAUUAUUACAACUCAAGUAAUAUAUAAUCUACCUCUUUGAUAAUUAAAUAAUCUAGUGUCAAAUAAAACAGUUUUAUUUUACGUGAUGUCAUUUAAAAUUUGUAAUCUUAUAAGUUUUAGUUGAAAUUUAUGUUGUGCCAGGCUGUGAUAAAGUAAAUUGAAUUUAAUUUUCAAAAUUAUUUUAAUUAUUAAUUAGUGAUAGUGACAAUUAAUCAAUAGUAAAAAAUAAAAUAAAUGAAAUAAAAAAUGUCAUCAAACGGUGAAUUUUCUACAAUAUCGAGUGGAGAAAUACCCUCCCUACCGAAAUCACUUCCUAGCUCCAGGGAAGCUACAGCUGAGGGUAAUUCAAGUUCUACUGGUGGUUUUAUGCCACUACGUGACUUUCUUGAUCGUUUUUCAUUACCAAGAGUUGUUAGGCUUGAGGGUACUGGUGGUCGUCCUGUUUUACUUUAUAAACAACAGCAACGAUCACUUAGAGUCACUGCAACCCUUUUAAUACAUAGAUAUCGUCACGAUGUCAAAGUUGGACCGGAAAUCGUUAUCCCUGAGGGUUAUCCGGGAUGGUUUUCCGUGGUUUCUGGUAAUAAUGCAAUGGGCAGUGCAAGAGUUUAUAGACGAAUUGAAAGUCUUGUACGAGCUGGAGUACCAGCCUUCCUCUUGGCGGCACCUCUUCGUGGCUAUACUCUCACACACUCUAAGAUGGAUGAUGGAAAUCUACGUGCUCAUUAUACCAAGACAAUAAUACAAGCUGGCGAAGUACUUCGUUUAAUAGCAGUCUUUCAGGAUACCAGAAAAUACAGUUCAAUAUCCUUUGGAAUAACCGGAGGUACAUCGGAAAAGGAUCAAUAUGCCCAGUGCUUAGACUCUCAUAGCCGUGAAGUAUUUGUCGCUUUAUCAACACGAAGUGAAUUUUACGCAAUAUGCCAGAGUAGUAAUGCAGAUAACGGAAAUGAUGCCGUUCUCUAUAGAGUACAUCAUUUAGCAAAACGUGCGCUUCCUCUUAGGGUUCGAUUAGUAGCCGGUCCACUACCAAUUCCACUACCAAGAGAAUAUGGAGGUCUAAUGCAAUUGGAAGCAUCAACGAGAGGUUCAAUUGUUCUCGGGUGCAUUGUACCCGAAAGACCAGUUCCGAACCCUGAAAUGCUUGAACUAGUAGUUUCGGGUAAUGGAGCACCAAGAGUUAGAAGAGCACAACUUGGGUAUCCAUCAGAGGCAAGACUACUCACAUCGCCAAAGAUACAACGAUUAUUAUCAGCUUGCAGUCGAGCGGUUGGCGAUCGUGCAACAGAACCACGAGUGGCGCCACAGAAACUUGAUGCGAGCAGUAUUAGUAAUAAUAGUCUUGGAGAUGGAUCUAGAGAAAUGCAUUUGAAGAAAAUAAAACCUAAACCGGAAACUAAGCCAGUGCUUCAGAGUUUGCGUGAGGGUCUUGAACACUUGAAGAAGUCAACUAUCCGCGAGCCUAGUCAAACUCGUCAGAAUUCAUCGAAUAGCUUUUUAGAAAGAAUAACUAAAUUGACGUAUGUCGGCGGCGGACGUAGCAGAAAUCCAGCCAAGAAGUCGGCGUCUUUUACAUUCGCUACAAAGCCAGAAGUUGUUGUCAAAGCCAAGGAACGAUAUUCAAGUCUCGAACCGGAUAGCUCGUCACAGAAUCAUUCAAAUAUUUCUAAACAACCAGUGCAAAGAUCUAUAUCUACUAGCUUUCUUGAAACACCGCCGGUAAAAGUUGAACUUGAACCAAAUUAUGCACGAGUAUGUGAUAGUUUGACGCCUUUGACAGUAACACCCCAAUCUAAAGUGAUAUGUACAAAAACCGAUGAUAUUUAUACGGAAAUUUGUGAAACUAAUCCCAAUAAAAAAACUCAAGAGUGUCCUGGUAGUCAUGUUAUUGCUAGGAUUAGAAUUGUUGUUAAGAGUAAUGAUUCGUAUCGAGAAAAACAAGGAGAAGAAAGAUAUGCUAACUCUUUAAUUGCAUCACAACAGAUUAAUUCUAUUGUCGAUGCUGAAGAUGAAGUACUUUAUAACACUAUUUUUUGAUAGUUUCAUAUCUUUAAGGAAAUUUAUUAAUUAAUUAAUUAUAUUAUUUUUUUGUGAGUUCGAGUCAAAAUUAAAAAAGUACUUUGAGCCUUAAAAGCCUCAAUUCUUUUGAUGCUAGACUUACCGCUGAAUGUAAUAUAUUGCGUGCGAAAUACCAAAAGGGCGUAUAAAAAUUUUUUUUUUUUGCCAAUCACUUUGUAAAAAUGAACAAAAAAAAUUUCCAAAGGCGAAAGGGCGUAUGUGUCAAUUUGUACGCCCUUUUGGUUUUAGGAACUUAAAAUUUUGUGAUCUAAAGCCGAAAGGGCGUAAAAAAUAUUUUUUUUCUAAUCGCCUGUCAAACAUAGCCCAAGCUAGAAAAUGAAAAAAAAUGUCGAAGCCCAAAAAGCGUAAUGUUCAUUUAAUCGGAUUUUAUUACAAAACAAAUAUUUAAUUUUAAUGCUUAACCAAAUGAAUUCUAAUUUUAAUUGAAAUUGAAAAAAACUAUGAAACACUAUUCGCUAUUGAGGCGCGAAAUCUCAAAAGGUUCGAAUAUAUAUUUUAUCGCAUGGUAAUCAUUUUUCAAAUCAUUCAAACGUAUUGAGUUUUUUUAUAUUAUAAGCAUUUAAAGAAGUUAAUUUUUUCUUUGCUUGAGUCACACAAAAUAGCUUUAAAAAGAGUAUAGAAAAAAAAUUAAGUGAUUUUCGAAAAUUCAUAUACUUGAAGAUCGGAACGUUUUUCAUGGAAGAGAAAUAAAAAAAAAAACAAAUGAAAAGUAAAAAAUCUGCUGGAUCUAGAUUUAUGAAAUGUUUCGCACAAGUGCUAGUAUGUCAGUCAAAAAUUGUGGCCACCCCCAAUUACCCCUUAACUCACCUUUAAGCAGUCAAGCUACACGAAUUUUUUAUACGCCUUUUUGGCUUCAAGACGAAAUUUUCUUAAAGCUAAGAGGCGGUAUAUCUUGAAAUACGCCCUUUUGGCGUUAGUAAUUCAAAAAUUUUUUUUUUAUUGAUCGACGUUUUAAACGAUUUUGAGUUGAAUGGCAAAAAAAAUAUUUUUAUCCGCCCUUUUGGCACAAAAUCCUAUCUAACUGCGGUAGUACGCCCUUUUGGUAUUUCGCCAUUUCUAAUUAAUGGCCCCCUUUUCCCUUCUUUUCCUUCAGAAUCUUUCUUAUCUCACAUACUUAGGCUCUGGAGGCUAAUUUUAUCUUUUACAAAAGAUUAUUUAAACCUAAACUUGGUAAAACCGGACAAAAUUGUCAAGUUUAAGUUCAAAUAACCGUUUUGAUAUACGGAUCGUCAUAAUCUAGAAAGAUAAUUUCAGCCGCCUUGCCUUCGUGUAGGAUUUGGAGGCUCAAAG